AUGAGUAGUAAUACUGGAUUCUUUGCAGCAAUGUUAGGUAGUGGUAUCAAUAGUAGUAAUAGUGGUAGUACCACUAGUACUGGAAGCAGUGGCAGUGGAAGUAGUAAUAGAAGCUCUUUAAAUAAAAAUUCAUCAAACCCAUCCUCUUUAUUUUCAUCUUCGGAUGAUUUAAGAGCAAAGUAUGAAUCAUUGAAAAGAAAAUAUUCAACUUUAUCAAAUGAUUUAAAUCAAGCCAAUUCACAAAUAGAGCAUAUUAAAAGAGAUAAUAAGAAAUUAACAAAAGAGAAGAGAUUCCUUUUAGAUAGAUUAUUAAAACUCGAAGAUAUUUCAUCAGAUUCCGAGAUUGAUUCCGAAGAUGAAAAGAACUAUAGAUUUAAACAACCAUACAAUAAUAGUAAUGGUAAUAGUAAUAAUAAUAAUAGUAAUAGUAUGAAUGGGAGACCAAUAACACCAAAUGGUUUGAACAAUAGUAGCAGUAAUAUAAAUAAUAACUAUAGUAAAGAAAAAAGUAGAAGUGACAAGUCUAAAAGUAGUAGUAGCAGUAAUAAUAAAUCUGGAUCAUUAAUAUCAUCACUUUUACCACAUAAUAACCAACAACUACCCCAACAACAAGCCUCACCACCAUUACCAAUGAUACCAGAAGAAGGUAUGUGCAUUGGUUCAUCAAAAGAUAGACUUUGUAAAAGUAAAGCUUUACCAAAAUCCAAAUAUUGCUGGCAUCAUAGUCCAUUAGAUCCAAACAGUGGCAAUGUGUAUUGUCAAUAUACCAAUGCAAAGAAUAAAAAAUGUGUUAUGCCAGUUCAAAAAUCUAAAGGAGUUCUUUUUUGUACUCACCAUACUUCAAAACUAAACAAUCCAAUUCCUGUAAAUAUUCAACAAACAUCGACAACACCUCAACAAAAUAUACCACAGUUACCACAAGCACAAAAUAAUAAUAAUAAUAAUACAGUAGAAAAAAAAGAAAUUAAUUUAAAUAAUCAAAAUAAUCAAAAAGAACAAAAUACUGAAAAUGUUACAAUUGAAGAAAUAAAGCAAAAACAAGAAGAUAAAAAACCUGAAGAUUUGUACAGCUCUCCAUAA